UUGAUUCUCUUUAUCCGCGGAAAUCUUUUUUUGAUACGAAUGUAAGGAACGUGCGUGUGACAUUACAGUAGGUGAAUACAAUGAAAACUCAAUAGGAAAAUCGAUUAUAUUUCCACAUAAAACGCAAUAACAUUUUCUCAAUAACCUGCGGAUUUGUAAGCAGUCCUGAUAUCGCCGAUGAUAGUGCCGAUCGAAUUGGAAAAUCGAUUUAGUAUUUUAAUUUGAGAAAGUCGUGGUCAAAUAUUGUACCUGUAAAACCAACAAUAAAACAUCUUCCCAAGUACGAAUAUUCCAUUAUUUUACAAAUACCAGUUAGCGACGUAGAGGUACGUCGCGUAAAAAACAGCAAAAGUGGAUUCCGUAAAGAUUGAAGAUUUGAUGGAUUCUGAUCCUGACAUCGAAAUCAUCGAAAAGGAUAGCGGAAUGUCUUCGUUGGGCGGAAGCAAGGACGAAACACCAGAACGGCGGGCAGUAGAGAAAUUUGCUGCAUCCAAGAGUGGGGAUGAUGAAAACUAUGAUGAUGAACCAGAUGAGACCUUGGGAGAGCGGCUUUGGGGUCUCACAGAAAUGUUCCCUGAGCCAGUUCGUCGAUUUACUGGAAAAGUUGUAGAUCUUACUACCACCAGCAUUAAGGGUCUUUACUCGUUCUCAUGUAAUGCUUCCUGGAUCUUCUUUACGAGUUCUGUUAUUCUCUUUGCGCCUGUUAUUUUUGAAACGGAACGAGCACAAAUGGAAGAGAUGCAAAAAUCACAACAAAAGCAAGUACUACUCGGUCCAGGUACGGCGAUGGAUCGCGCCGGUCCGCCACCAACGUUACCACUCAUUCGAUAAGUUCGUACAAAUUAAACAUAAAUUUGUAAGAAUAGAAAGAAGCCCGCAAUUCUACCUAAAUACCCACUUUAAAAUAAACCAAUAAAUGCCAUUCAGGCAAAAGGAAAAUUCCUGUAACGCGUUCAUCGUUUAUUGAUAAACAAAAAUGCAAUUUUCUUGUAGAUGUAAAAUAAAACUAAUUACUAUUGAAAAUA